AUUUACACAUUUAUAAAAGAAAUAUAGAGCUAUAUUUUUUAUGUCGACUCUCGCGGUAACGGGAGUUUGACGAGAGUUUGACCGGUAUAAAUAACUUCCGGUCGAGCUGAGACUUCCUUUCUGUUGAGUGUCGAGGACGAGGGGGUCGAAGUGGAAGGUUGUCCUAAUUCAGGGCAACAUACUUUAACUUUACCCCUUACCCUUCACUUUUCCCCUUCACCUCAUCCCAAUAAAGAAUUCGGGUUGACGAACUUGUGUUUGGGUCGUACAACGUGAUAAAGAAAGGAAGUGAACCUCCCACACACCAACUCUCAAAAAUCGUGCCCGCUACAGUUUGGCGCCCAAUGUGGGGCAUGAUUUGAGAGUGCCACGGGAGAGAGACUUCCUAACACUUCGUGAUGGACGGAGAAGAUCAAGUCGCCGAAGGACCAGGCCAAGACCCAAGUACCUCGGCCGUAAUGAGCGAGCUGCUGCAGCUGCAGAGAGACUUGGUGAGAGCAAUGACGACCAUGAGCCAACCAGCAGCAGUUAAUGUUAACGUGAGCUCCCCGCCACCCCGGCUGGGUAUAUUCACGGGACUUCCGCCAACAGGGGGUCAAGAAGUAAAGUUCGCAGAGUGGAGGGAGAGAGCUCUUGCCUACCAGGAGGAGAGCACAGACGGGGAGGACAUCAGGGUAAAGAGACUGAGGGCCAGUCUGAGAGGUGUGGCCCUACAGCAAGUGAAGAACUGUCCGAAUAGCAGAGAGAUAGUUGCCACCUUGAGGAAAAUGUAUGAGGUGCGAGAGAGUGGGGAGGACGUACUCGUUGAUUUCCUCAGCAUGAAGCCCCACAAAGAAGAAGGAACAGCAGGAUUCCUGCUGCGCCUAUGGGACAGGUUGGCGAGGAGCGGAAAGUUUGAGGAAAGAGAGAUACGCCGGAAAGUGUACCAUGCCCUCCUAGCUCAGCUCAAAGACAGCCAGCCCUUACUAGCGCUGGAGCUGCGCACUAACUUUGGAGCCCCUGGCCAGGCAGAGCCCGAGCUGGCAGAAGUACUGUGCCAGGUAAGGGAAAGGGAGAACAACGCCCCCCAGAGCACCCAAAAGGUGCAGCACCAAGCACAUAGCAGCAACACGCCGACUUCAGAGGGUGCGAAAAAGGGGGAAGAAUUUUGA